AUGUCCUCUCGCGGACGAGGACGUGGACGCGGAGGCUUCUCCGGCUCCAAGGGCAACACGCGUUUCACCGGCAAGCGCGGCGGGAACCGCAACAAUGGCGACAGCGGCCUCGGGCCUCGUGACCGGCCAGCACCUGCACGCAAUGACGACGGCACAGCGCUCGCAGAGCGCUUUGAAGAGGUCAAGGUGCUCGAUGAGAUUGAUGACAAGCUCGGCUUCUACCGCUUCGAAAGCAACCUCGCCGCCGGCGAGACCAAGGAGGGAUGGCUUGUCAACAUGCACCAGACACUGAUGCAGUCCGAUACCCAUGCCAGCGGGCUUGCUGCCGUCGACUACUACUUCAUCCAGGACGAUGGAGGGAUGUUCAAGGCGACCAUCCCUUACCAGCCUUACUUCUACGUGACAUGUAGAGCCGGUACCGAGACCAUUGUCGAGGAGUGGUUGAUAAAGCGAUUCGAGGGGAUGGUUCAGAAAGUGCAGCGAGAGAAGAAGUGGGAUUUGGAUGUGCCAAACCAUCUGUUGUCCGCGCCACCCGUGCUCCUCAAGCUGUUCUUCCAGAAUACGACCGACUUCCAAUCGGUCCGCCGAGACUUGUUACCGCUGGCAGAGGCCAACUCUGCCAAGUUUACGGCGGUCGACGCGUACGCCGACGUUGUUGGGGCGGAGAGCGCGAACCACGGCGACGAUGGGCAACAACGCGCCUGGGGCGAGGAUGAGGACGCGAGGAAACGAAAGGAUCGCGAACCAUCAGAGUGUAUCAUCGACAUCAGGGAGCACGACAUCGCGUACUAUCUCCGAGUUGCCAUCGACCUCAACCUCCGUGUCGGUCUGUGGUACACCGUUUCCUCAUCGAUGGGCACCAUCAAGAUGGAGCGCAUCAAGGACCGUGAAAGGCGUGCCGAGCCUGUGGUCAUGGCGUACGAUAUCGAGACGACGAAGCAGCCGCUCAAGUUCCCCGACCAGCAGACAGAUCAGAUCAUGAUGAUCUCAUACAUGAUUGAUGGCCAGGGCUAUCUCAUCACCAACCGUGAGAUCGUCGGCGAGGACAUCGAGGACUUUGAGUACACUCCAAAGCCAGAGUACGAGGGAGAGUUUACCAUCUUCAACGAAGCAGAUGAGCCUGCAUUGAUACGAAGGUGGUUUGAACACAUCCGAGACUCCAAGCCGACCGUCAUGGCGACCUACAACGGAGACAGCUUCGACUUUCCGUUUGUGGACGCGCGUGCCAAGAUUCACGGCAUCAGCAUGUACAACGAGAUUGGGUUCAAGCCCGAUAACGAGGGCGAGUACAAGUGCAGCGCCUGCAUGCACAUGGACUGCUUCCGCUGGGUGAAGCGAGACUCUUACCUGCCUCAAGGAAGUCAAGGCUUGAAGGCUGUUACUACGGCCAAGUUGGGCUACAACCCCAUCGAGCUCGACCCCGAACUCAUGACGCCGUACGCCAUUGAACAACCUCAGAAGCUCGCCGCAUACUCCGUCUCCGACGCCGUUGCGACCUACUACCUCUACAUGAAAUACGUCAACCCCUUCAUCUUCUCGCUGUGCAACAUCAUUCCCCUCAACCCAGACGAAGUGCUGCGAAAGGGUUCGGGCACACUCUGCGAGACGCUUCUCAUGGUUGAAGCGUACGAUGCCCACAUCAUCAUGCCAAACCGACACGAAGACCCACACAGCGCUACCUAUGAGGGCCACUUGCUCUCGUCAGAGACCUAUGUCGGUGGUCACGUCGAAGCGCUGGAGGCUGGUGUAUUCCGCGCGGACAUUCCAACACACUUCAAGGUUGUGCCCAGCGCCAUGCAGCAGCUAUUGGACGACCUCGACAACGCGCUGAAGUUCUCGCUGGUUGAGGAAGGCCAGGUCAAACUUGAGGACGUCGAGAACUACGACGAAGUUAAGGCCGAGAUCGCAGCUGCACUGGAGCUCAUGCGUGACAACCCGAACCGCUUCGACAAACCUCUCAUCUACCAUUUGGACGUGGCCGCCAUGUACCCCAACAUCAUGUUGUCCAAUCGUCUGCAACCGGACUCGGUGAAGGAUGAGGCAGCUUGUGCGGUCUGCGACUACAACCGGCCGGACAAGGAGUGUGACCGACGGCUGGAAUGGGCAUGGCGUGGCGAAUACUUCCCCGCCAAGCGCGACGAGGUCAACAUGGUUCGGUACGCUCUCGAGCAGGAGCUCUUCCCCGGCAAGUUCCCGAACCAGCCAAAACGCCGUUACAUCGAUCUCGGCCCCGCUGAGCAGGCAGCGCUGCUGCAGAAGCGGCUGGGAGAUUACUCGCGCAAGGUGUACAAGAAGACCCACGAUACCAAGGUUGUCACCAAAACCGCCAUUAUCUGCCAGCGCGAGAACUCGUUCUACAUUGAUACCGUGCGCGCCUUCCGUGAUCGCCGAUACACGUACAAGGGCCUUCACAAGGACUGGAAGAAGAAUCUUGACAAAGCCCAGGGCAGCGGAGCCGCUCUCUCGGUCGUCGAUGAAGCCAAGAAGAUGAUCGUCCUCUACGAUUCGCUUCAGUUGGCGCACAAGUGUAUUCUCAACUCCUUCUACGGCUACGUCAUGCGCAAGGGUGCACGCUGGUACUCGAUGGAGAUGGCCGGCAUCACCUGCUUGACGGGUGCCAAGAUCAUCCAGAUGGCUCGCCAGCUGGUUGAGCAGAUUGGCCGACCUCUGGAGCUCGACACUGAUGGAAUCUGGUGCAUGCUUCCCGGCGUGUUCCCAGAAAACUUCAACUUCAAACUCAAGGGAGGGAAGAAGUUCGGCAUCUCGUACCCCUGCACCAUGCUCAACCACCUGGUGCACGAGCAGUUCACAAACCACCAGUACCACGAGCUCGUUGACCCCGAAAAGGGCAUCUACAACGUCAAGAAGGAGAACUCGAUCUUCUUCGAACUCGACGGUCCGUACAAGGCCAUGAUCCUGCCGUCGUCCAAGGAGGAGGACAAGCUGCUGAAGAAGCGAUACGCCGUCUUCAACUUUGAUGGCUCACUCGCAGAGCUCAAAGGCUUCGAAGUCAAGCGACGUGGCGAGCUGCAGUUGAUCAAGAUCUUCCAGUCUCAAAUCUUCGACAAGUUCCUGCUCGGCUCGACCACCGAGGAGUGCUACGCCGCUGUCGCCGUUGUCGCUGAUCAGUGGCUUGAUAUCCUGCAGAGCAAGGCAUCCAGUCUGCACGACUCUGAGCUCGUCGACCUCAUCGCCGAGAACCGAUCAAUGUCGAAAACCCUGGCCGAGUAUGGCUCGCAGAAGUCGACGUCUAUCUCGACUGCUCGCCGUCUAGCAGAGUUCUUGGGAGAGCAGAUGGUGAAGGACAAGGGUCUCUCUUGUCGGUUCAUCAUCUCGGCAAAGCCCAACGGAGCUCCUGUCACAGAGCGAGCUGUUCCCGUCGCCAUCUUCGAUGCCGACAUUGCUGUCAAGCGCCACUUCCUUCGCAAGUGGUUGAAGGACAACAGCCUUAACGACUUCGACAUGCGGUCCAUUCUGGACUGGGGCUACUACACCGAGCGUCUUGGUUCGGUUAUCCAGAAGCUCAUCACUAUCCCUGCUGCUCUGCAGAAGGUCGCCAACCCAGUCCCUCGUAUUCGCCACCCAGACUGGCUGUUUAAGCGUGUCGCUGCCAAGGAGGACAAGUUCCAGCAGCACAAGCUCACAGACAUGUUCGCCAAGAUGAGGACGAAUGCCAUCGCAGACAUGGAGGACAUUGGCUCUUCUGGCGCUGCUCCCAAGCCCAAGGUCGCUGUCGUCAAGCGUAAGAAGGCUCAGGAGCCGAAGGCGCCGGAGGUCAUUCCGGAUCCCAACGAGGACUACUCGGGCUACAUCAAGGCGAUGCGUAAGGUGUGGCGGAAGAAGCGUGCCGAGCGCACCCAUUCUCGAAAGCACGCGCCACGACCAGAUGGCACAGUUUCCUCUAUGAUUCGCACUCAGUCGGUCAACCUGGCGUCUCGUCAAUGGGAUGUGCUUCAGAUCGCCUCGACAUCUCGCCCGGGCGAGUUCCGACUCUGGCUGGCUAUCGACGGCACAUUCCAGAGCGUUCGGCUACGAGUGCCCCGCGAGUUCUACUUGAACUUCAAGAAGAAGCCAGGACUGGAGACGUUCUCGACGAGGUACGAUGUGGCACCCGUGACUCGAGUCCUCCCUCGCGGGCAGGCAUCGCUCAACUUGUACCGCCUCAUGGUCGACGAGGCGCUGUAUGUCGACGGCGAGUCACACUUCUCAAGUCUCAUCAAUAACCCCAAUGUCGAUGGAGCCUUCGAGUUGCAGGUCCCACUCGUCCUGCGCGCCCUCCUCAACCUUGGCACUGCCUGUGCUCUGAAGUCGGGUUCCCUUGGUGGCCUCAGCCACGGUCUGGACAAGGGUUUCGACCUCGUCGAGCUGGAGCGACCAGGUGCUAGUGUCAUUCGUCAUCGCUACCUCAACGGUGGACGAGGAUUGAGGUAUCACCUGCUGUUCCAUGCCACAGUCAACUCCCGCCACCUCAUUGCCUUGUUCUCUCCUGUUGGGCCGGUCAAGGUUUAUGUCGUUGACAAUGCUCGCAACCGCCAGCAGCUGCCGAACCCAUCACGAUGGUACUCGGAACUCGUCAACCGGGUCCCUCGAGGAGGGGCUUUCGAUUACCCAGAGGAGCUGCAGUUCGCUGUGACAUAUCUGCCAACCGAGACUGGUGCAAUGAAGCAGCUGGCCAAAGACCUCCAGGCCAUUCGUUCCGGUCUCAAUGUCAUUGCGCUCUGCUCGCCCUUCGAGCACGCCUACUACCAGGCUCGCCACGCCGUCUUCUCCGAGUUCCCGUUCAUGACCAUCAAGACGGUCAAGGACGAGGAGGCGUCCCUCAUGUGGUUGGUCAACACCUCCAAGCGCAUGGUGGUGCAGUAUCUCCGCCUGUCAGCUUGGAUUGCCGAGCAGAUCGACAUUGCAUCACACUACGACGUUCCAGUUGGAAACCUCGGCUCCGACCCCGCCACCUUCGUCGCUGAUCUUGAAUUUGCGCGCCGACUCCGACAGCAGGACAUGAUUCUGUGGUGGUCACCGUCUCCAAAGCCCGACCUCGGAGGAUCUGAAGAGGAUGCCAACGGCACAUUCGAUCUCUCUCCCCCUCACAUCUCAACCAAGGGAUGUUACUCCUCGGUCGUGUUGGAGAUGGAACUGGCCGACAUGGCCAUCAACGCCGUACUCCAGUCCGCUCUCGUCAACGAGAUGGAGGGCAGUGGUACUGGUUCGAUGGCCUUCGGCACCGCCUCACACAACCUCGACGAGUACGCACAGGGUACGGCGAACGCCAGCGUCAUGUUUGGCGACGCUGUGUUGUCCAUCCAGACCUUCACGAUCCUGAAGUCCUUGGCUCGCGGCUGGUUCCUUGACAAGGCUCGAGCACAUGUGCGUGGCGCCACCAACUCGUCGGCCGAUCUAGUCGUGGAUCACUUCUGGCGUUGGAUUAGCUCAAGCUCGAGCUGCAUGUUCGAGCCAGCCCUGUUCCGAUUCAUCCAUGGCCUCAUGCGCAAGACGCUCCUCCAGUUGUUGGCCGAGUUCAAGAGGCUGGGGACGCAAGUCGUCUACGCCGACUUGAAUCGCGUCUUCAUCCUCACUUCCAAGCCCGAUGCCGGGAGCGCGUUCGCCUUUGCCAAGUAUCUCGUCACGGCUGCCAACUCGCACGAACUGUUCCGCCACGUUGUUAUCGACGUUGUCCAGUUCUGGAACUAUCUCGCCUGGAUGGACGUUGCCAACUACGGCGGCGUCCGCAUUCCACCAGAGCUUGCUGGGAGUGGCGCUCCCCCACCGAAGCAGUUCGAACUGAGUACGGACUGGAACAUUCAAGCCUUCCUCCCCGUCGAGAUUCAGGGCACAUUCGAGCUUCGCGUGGCCGACUUCAUCUUCUUGCUCUACCAAGCGAAACGCAGCGUUACCGACAACCGCGGACCACUCCGCCCGAUCUACAACCUCAACGUCGAGACGUCCAACGAAGUUGUUGCCCAGGCAAAUCCGGCAAAAGAGAAGGAGAGGGUCGCAGCCGCCAAAGCCGUUUCGACCACACUCACGCGCAAACUGUUGGAAGAUGUCUCCAAGAUCAAGAGGGAGGUAGCUGUUGCUCAUGCCAACGCGCAGCAUGGGCAGCCGUCGUCGUUUAUCUUUCCCGACAUCCCUGGUACGCGGAGAGGAGAUCGCAAGCGCGAGAACGUCGCCCUCGAGUUUGUCAAGUCAUUGUGCGAGGUCUUCUCCCUUUCCUCUGAUUUGCUCGUCGACGUUCAAGUUCUCCGUCGCAACCUUUUGGACUUGGUCGGAGUCCGCGAGUUUGCAGCAGAUGCUCAGUUCCGCAACCCAGGCGAAAGCUUAGUCGUGCCAAUGGUUACUUGUGACCGCUGCAACGCAAUUCGCGAUGUCGACCUCGGGCGCGAUCCCGACUGCUUGCCAAGUGUGGAUCCAAACACCAAGGAGGUCACCGAUGCGCCACACGCAAUGUGGGCUUGUCAUAAAUGCGACACAGAGUACGACAAGUUUGUCAUCGAGCACCCGCUCAUUGAUGUCGUGUCAAGCAUUGUUACGUCGUGGCAGACCCAGGACAUCAUCUGCUUGAAGUGCGGUCAAACCAAGAGCACCAACCUGUCACCCACCUGCGGCUGCGGCGGGGCCUUCCGGCCGUCUCUGAACCGUGGUGAACUGACGAACAAGCUGAAGAUGAUCCAGAGUGUUGCCGGAUAUCACAAGCUUCACUUGACUCACGACUACGUCUCGAGCGUGCUCUCUCGGUGGUAG